AUGACCUGGCUUGCUGCCUCUAGGUCUCAGUUGGGUCAGGCAAGGGAACUUAUAAGCGAAGAACGAAAACAGCCACAAACCCUCUUUACAGCGAUCACAACACCUCCCGAAACCUCGCUCACUUCCCACACCCGAUUACUGUGGAUUACACUAAACCCCGAAUACUCUCUUGUAGGGGUCAGUGACAUUCGGGAAUCCGGUCCAUCCAAAGACAGACAGGAAGGACAGCAGCCACUCGUUCGCCGAGCCCGCCCGCCCGCCCGCUUUAAUAGAAGAACGUCGGGCCACUGCCUAAUUGAGGACCUGACCAUGUCGGCCGUCGAAAGCGAGGCUGCCACCAAUGCCAACACCACAUCUAACCAAAACAACAACAGCAGCCAAAACGGCAGCCUCUCGCCGCCCAAGGAACGCGAACGCAACUCGCUGACGCUCGACCAGCGCCGCGCCCUCCGACGAUGGGCCAACUCGCAAACCGUCCGGCCUAGCCACAAGGCCUGCAUCGAGUGGUUUCAAACGCAAUACAACCAGACCAUCUCUCAAUCGACCGUCUCUCACUCUCUUUCUCCAAAAUACGCCCGUUUGGAUGGCGACCCGCAGCUCUCCGGCUCGCGCCUGCGCUUUGGCAACUGGCCCGACGUCGAGAAGCUCGUCCUGCUCUGGCACCAGCAGAUGGUAGCCUCGGGCCGGCAACCGUCUAACGAGGAACUCGCCGAAAAGGCCAAGAACAUCUUCACCCAAUUGCCGCGCUACAAGGACGAGACAGCUCCAGAGUUCAGUCCGGGAUGGAUCCAUCGCUUCAAGAAGCGUUAUGGCCUGCUGAUCCGCCGCCAGCGGCGCCACGGCACGGCGCCCAACCCAGCCGACGACAUACCCUACCUCGUCGACGCCGUGGGCCGCUUCAUGAGCAUCACAGCCGACGUCUCCCCCACAGUGAUCCGCGACACGGUCGUGCGCGUGGUGGGCGUCGAGCCUACGCUAGCCACGUGCGCGCGCGUGAGGGAUGAAAUCGUCAGGAAGAUGGAGGGUCCUUCCCCCGCUCCCCAUCACCAGCAACCUAACCCCCACCAGAACCAGCAUCAGCAACACCUGGCCGGACUCCAGCAGCAGCAACAGCAUCCCGCUCUGAACGCAGUUGGCGACACACCCAUGGGCGGCUUUUCCCCCGACGACGAUCCGGAGGUAGUCCUGCAAAAUGCCCUGCGUGCUCUUCAACAAGAAGAAGCCGACGCUGAAGCCGAAGCCGCUGCUGCCCGCGAAGAGCGCGAGCGCGCUGAGCGGGGGCUGCCUCCGCUGGGAACGAUUGCCGGACAGGCUUAUGCGAAUGCCAUGUCGACACCUGCUCGUGGUGGUGGUGCUAAUGGGACUACUACAGGCGCGAGGUUCGUGCCCGGUGCUACGGGGGUAGAGGACCCGUUGACGCUGACGCCGAUUCCGAGUGGAGGACCCGUAUCUCUGACGGAUCGGCCGGUCAGAUGCCCGUUUUGUGUGAAUCAAAGGAUGUUGAGGACUAUCAAGGAGGCGGUCGAGCAUAUGAGUACUCAUGUCGUAGUUUGA